AUGACCCAUCAAAUAAAACUAAACAUCUAUGACCUUUCUCAAGGUCUAGCAUCCCAAUUCUCUCCCAUGAUCCUAGGAUUCCACAUAAAAGCUAUAUAUCAUACUUCAAUAACUAUAUUCAAUCAAGAAUGGUAUUUUAAUUCUCAAGGAAUCCAACGUUCAAUCCCAUAUCAAACACAUUUUGGUAAACCUAUAGAAAUUAGAGAUAUGGGAACAACAGAGAUCCCCUUGGAAAUAUUUGAAGAAUUUAUCCAAGAUUUACCAAGAUUCCAAAGUGGGAAAUAUGAAUUAUGGGAAAAUAAUUGUAAUGAUUUUACUAAAACUGUUAUGGAAUUCUUGAAUGAUUUUAAUGAUUUUGAUGAUGAAAUUUAUGGACUAAGUAGAAGGGUAUUAAAUUCUGAAAAGGGGGAGAUGUUAAGACAAUUAAUGACGGGGAUGAUUGUUGAUUAA